AUGGUGAAGGCAACCCAAAAGGACCAUGCACAACCGGAUAUAGUUAUAGCCUUAGACACUAUUCCAACAGAAAAUCCAUGUGCUGAUUUUGAAAUUGGGGACAAAACUUACCACACAAAUGAAGUUGAAUUUGAGGAUGGUAACAAGGAUGGAGAAGAUCGAUGGGCUGAAUUUGAAAGUGGGGACAAAUUUGAGGACAUAAAUGAAGAUGAAUUUGGAAGCGGGGACAAAUUUGGGGAUGAUAGUGGUUAUGAAUCCAGUGAGUCCGAUGACAUAGACUUUUAUGUUGACAAUGACAACAUCUUAGAUGAUGUAGAAGUUGACAUGAAUGAUUUCAAUGAUAACAUUGAUAUGGAUGCAGAGUGGGUUGGAGCCCAAGAGUUUAAAGAAAGAGUUAAACUCCAUGCUAUUGAGACAAGAAGGGAACUUGAAUUUGAAAAAAAUGACAAGAAUAGGGUAAGAGUUGUGUGUAGGGGGACAGUACCAAAACUAGGAAACUUAGACAAUAGUGGGGAACGUCAACAAGAAGUCAACAAUGAAGAUGAAGAAAAGUGCCCGUGGAGCCUCUAUGCUAGUAAAUGGAAACGUGACAUAAACUGGAUGGUCAAAUCUUACAACAAAGAACACCGGUGUCUCCAAACGCGGAAUGUUAAAGCUUGUACUUAUAAGUUUCUCGCCAAACAAAUUGCAAGUCAGGUGGAAUCUAACCCAACUAUUCCAAUUCGUGCUUUACAAGAACAACUACAACGUGAUUACCAAGUGGGUCUUUCCAAGAUGAAGGUGUUUAGGGCUAGAACUGAAGCUCUCAAUCAGGUGCGAGGGGAUUAUGUUGGUCGGUAUGCUUUAUUGAGAGAUUAUGUUCUAGAACUUCAAAAACAUAACCCAGACACGACUGUGAAGAUUGAUGUAGAGAGUGAACCAAAUCCAAAUGCAGAAACUAGAACUUUCAAGUGCAUUUAUAUAUGUCAUGGUCCUUUAAAAAAGGGAUUUGCUGCUGGAACAAGAGACUUUCUUGGUCUCGAUGGUGCUUUUAUGAAGGGUCCAUACCCAGGACAAAUACUUUCAGCUGUGGGAGUGUUACCUGCUAUAGCAAAGUUGUUUCCAUGCGUUGAGCAUCGUUAUUAUCUUCGUCAUAUCCAUGAAAACAUGAAAGCUAGUUGGAGGGGAAAGCAAUUCAAAGACCUGCUAUGGGAUUGUGCAAAAGCAUCUACUGUUCAACAGUUUCAACGAUCAAUGGAGGAAGUAAGAAAUCUUAAUAAUGAUGCGUAUGAGUGGCUUAAAAACAUUCCUCCUCAACAUUGGUCUCAUUCACACUUUACAGGUAGAGCUCAUAUAGAUGCUAUGCUUAACAAUAUGUGUGAAUCUCUGAAUAGCAAGAUUGUUGAAGGUCGUGAUGUACCAAUCAUUACAUGUUUGCAAUACAUUAGAGAGUACUUAAUGAAGAAAAUUGUAACUGUUCAAAAGGAAAUUGAUAAAGCUACAAGCCCCUUGACUCCCACAGCUACCAUAUGGGUUGGAAAAUUGAAGAAAGAGGCUACACAAUUAAGGUCUGUUUUCUGUGGUAAUGGGAAAUAUCAAGUCAUUAAAAAUCUUAUGGAACAGUUCGUGGUAGAUAUGGGCCAACAGACAUGUUCAUGUAGAAGGUGGGAACUAAUAGGGAUACCAUGUGCACAUGCAAUAGCAACUAUGUGGGAGAUGUUGAAGAACAAAGAGAUUGAUAAGAUACCAGAACAUUGGGUGAAUUGA